AUGCAUCCAUUUCAUAAGCCUCAGAUAAUUAUUGACCACCAUGGAGAUGGUAGAAUUGCACGUUUACGACAUGCUAUUACAGAAGCUUGUUUGUCUGCUUUAGAAGUUAGUGGACCUAUUCUUCAUUCACAUAUUAUUGGAGUAGACGUUCAUAUUCAUCGUAUUGUAUGUGGUCGUCCACAACAAAUUUCAAAUGGUUUGCAGUGCAUUGAAAAUGUUGGUGAUUUAAGUAUAGACAGACUGUCCAACACUCAACUUUCAUCACCAUCUCUUUUAGCUUUAUUAAAGACAACCUGUAUUGCUAGUCUAAGAGAUGCUGUUUCUAAAAUACCUAGUUGGCGUCUUAUGGAACCGAUGAUGGACAUUGAACUCCAACUUCCUGCUGAAAGAGGUUGUGAGUCUGAGUUAUCGGCUUUUCUUGGUGAUUUAACAAACAGGCGAGCGGAAAUAAAAUCUGUGGAUAAUGCAGACUUGAACGAGGAUGACAAAGCACAAAGAGUUAUGAGAUAUCAUUGUAUACAUGCUGUUGCUCCCUUAUCUGAACUGGCUAACUAUUCCAAAACUGUGAGGUGUCUUUCAUCUGGACGAGCUGAGCUAAAUCUUCGACUAACAAAUUAUCAUCCAGUUAGCAGAGAACAUCAAGAAAAGUUAUUAAAUCAAUACAAAUGGUCUGGUACCACCAUUUUAUCCUGA